AUGUUCUACUCCGGGGGUCUUCAGGCAGGAAUCUCCCUUGCUGUCACGGAGGGGAAAGCUGUGGUCUGCUUCGUUCGAGAUGACGAAGAGGCUAGUAGUGUAUGGGAGGAUGAAUACUUCAAGGAUGACGAGCAAUUCGCACGAUUACUCGAGACGCGAUCUGUUUUGCUACGACUCACGAAGGGUAGCGAUGAAGCUGGAUUCCUGACGUCGUUUUGUCCAAUUGUCCGGUUUCCCGCAGUUGUUGUGAUCAAGAAUGGGCUGUUGCGAGAGUACCUUGUGCCUGAAAUAUCCAAGGACGACUUUCGCAGUCGGCUAAGGGCUGCUCUUGAUGACACUCAAUCUACCACGCAGAAUGUUCCUCAAAAUACCUCCAGUCCCUCUCCAGCAUCGUCCUCUGCGUCUGCGCCUGUUCCCGCUCCUGCACCAACAGUGACAGCUGAACCUGCGCCCACACCUACAUCUGCGCUCUCAGAAACAGAGAAGGGCCAGCCAGAAGCUUCCGGAACACGACAACCGAAGCAUCACCAGCAAGACCAUGACCCUAGUCCUGAACAAACCCAAGAAGCGCCUGCGAAGGCAGCUGGUUCUGAUCGUGCUCCUCAACCUACGCGGAAAAACCAACAGUCGAAGAGAGAGCAACAAGUUCGGCAAUACGUCGCCAAUAUCCGUAAGCAAAGUAUCGUCGAGCCUGAAAAGGACACAUUAUCGUCUCCCGCCGCCGACACCGGAUCGGGUGUUGGUCCUUCAAGAGAAGCGUCGACACCGCGCCAACCAUCACCUCCCAAGCAAUAUCGUCUACAAGUCCGAUUAUUUGAUGGAAGCUCAGUGCGCAACAGCUUUGCACCAACACAGACUAUCCGUGGAGAUGUACGUCCGUGGCUUGACGGUCUACUACAGGAUGAGAAACGCCCAUAUAACCUUAAGCAUAUCUUGACACCCCUGCCCAGCCGAACGCUCACUAUCGCCGACGAAGAACGUACACUCGAAGAUCUUGGACUAGGAUCCACGGCGAACCUUGUGAUGAUCCCCAUCAACUCGUAUACAGAGGCAUACAACUCGUCAGGGUCUAGCCUGCCCGUGCGAGCUGCAUAUUCCGCGUACGGCUUGCUCUCCUCUGCAGUCGGCACCGCGACGGGCCUUGUGGGAUCUUUUAUCGGCUAUAACCCGGCUCCUUCAGAGUCUUCGGGCUCUGCUCCCACCACUAGUUCGUCUUCCGGAAAUGGAGCACGGAGUCAACAGCCUGCUGCGUCCAGAGGUCCUAGGAUUCGAACAUUGCGAGAUCAACGCGAAGAGCAGAAUGACAGCCAACUGUACAAUGGGAAUCAGCUGAACUUCGAGCCUCGGAGAGAUACAGAUGGGCAAUAA